AGAGAUAUAUGUUAAAUAUUUGAAAAGGUGCACCGAGAUCUGUCGUAAAUAAUAAAAUGAAGCGUUGCUUCGUAGUUUUUAUUUUCGGCGUAAUCCUCGCGAGUUCAUAUUGUAGAGUAGGGAAAUAUGUUGGCAGAAAGCCCGUUAGUGCGGCGCUCGAGAGAUUCGCUUUGAUAGUCAUUAAGAAGUGGGAUUUGUCGCUAAAUUAAUAAAACUGAACCAAUCGUAACGUAAAUAAAAUAUCCGCUGUUUAUUAUGGAUGAAGUCGAGCGGGGCUUAUGUUGAAUCGAGUUAAUUUAUUUAAAACAUUGGUGAAGCUUGCUACUUUGAGAGAAGCGGUCUCACUAUUGUAGUGCAGUGUGGAGUUUGAAUUCGGGCUGGGAUGCUAACACUUGAUGACAAAAGUUUCCCAAUUUCCCCAUUUAAUGUAUUCGAAAGUGCAAAUAACACAAACGAAACAGCUCAACUAGGAUCAACAGCAGAACUCCAGUGCUUCAUCAAAUAUCCAACAGCGGCUUUAAAUGUGUUGUGGUGGAAAGUGAACUCGAGCACACUUUUGACGACGAAUAACAGAACAAACACCGGCGACAAACGCUUCCAAGCGCGCUUAAAGGACGAAAACACGAACCAUUGGUUGUUGCGAAUAAAAUACACGAAACCGAGCGACGCUGGCGUAUACGAAUGCAGGAUCGAGGGAGAUUUCGAAGCGAGCAUUUUCGUUUUUUUGCAUUUGCAAAAAGCUACCGCUGUUAUACAAGGGAGCGUCCCCGACGGGACGCGGCUGGUGGAAGUUGGGACGACUCUCCGACUUAGCUGCUUUCUGGUCAACUCGAUCGAAUCGCCGAAGUACAUUUUUUGGUACAAGGAGAACCGGAUGAUUAAUUACGACCUGGACGACGGGGAGAGCAUUCGGGAGGGCCGGCAAGGCAGCGAGCUGAUUUUCCCAACCGCCAGACUCAGCCACACGGGGAAUUACUCGUGUGUGCCCUCGAACGCGGACCAGGCUAAUUUGUAUGUAAAAGUGCAAACGAAAGUGAAGAGGAAAUGCUGAGGGAAUAGCAAACAUGCGCGCACUGUACAGUUUUUAUUAAAUAAAUAUUUUUUACAUUUACAAUGAUUAAAUACAUAAUAAAAUAACAGUCAUAA